AUGAGUUUAUUUAAAGGAUGUUAAUUGCACAACAUGGAAAUCAAAUAUAUUUGCGCUAAUGCUAAAUGUUCAGGUUAAAAUUCAUAACUUUGUGCUAAUUGCAUUAUUCUUAAUUGCCAUUAAGAAUGCUUUGAAAACAAUUUAAUUAUUGCUUCAGAAAAAUUUAAUUAGGUUAUGAAGAAAGUAUUGAAAGAAAAGGUAAAAGAAGAUGAUGGUCUUCUUAGUCUUGAAGAAACUAUGAAAAAUUUUUUAAAAUUGUAUGAAGAAGUAAAAAUGUAUUUUAAAAUUAAUAAUUAUUAGAAAUGCUGUUAAUCGAAGAAAAAAAUACUUAAAAAUUAAACAAAAGUUUGAAAGAUUCUCCUAUUUCAAUGAACCAAAAGAUUUAUAAUUCAUUAAGUAAACAACUUUUUUUAAUGAAAUUAAUUUUCAUAUGUCACUCCAAGAUAAUAAAAAAGAAAAACCAUUACUAAAAUAUAUUACAUAGAUUGACAAUUCUCUAAAAUCAAUACAAGACCUUUUUGAUGAACAUUUAGUAUAAGUCUAAGAAUAAGAAUAAGAAUAAUAGUAAUAGAAAUUGCAAUAGUAAUAGUAUUAGUAAUAACAAUAAAACUAAUAAUAGUCUCAAUCAUAAAAAUAACCUAAAGUUGUCAUUUAAAAAUCAGACUAAAUUUUCAGAUAAAAUUAAAUUGAAGACUUGUAAUUUAAAUCCUAAAUAAAAUAAAACAAGGAAACCUAAAAAAAGAGCAACAUAAUAGAUUAACAAUAAUAAGGAAUAGUUAAAGAAAGUAAUUUUAGUUAAGUAGUUCUUGAAAAUUAGGUUGAGCAUCCCUUAAAUAACUAAAUCAUAGAAUAAUAAAGUAUUAAAUAACAACAGGAACAAUCCUUAUCAUCAUUUAAAAUAAAUAAUAAUUCUUAAUAUUAAAAUAAUUAGCCUGAAUCUGAUAAAAGCCUUAUAAAAUAGUAGGAGGUGAAUCAAUCAAUAAUAAUGUUACCAUAACUACCAUAAUCAAUGUCAAGUAUCAAUUUUUAAAAUGUUAAUUCUGAAUUUGUUACACCCUUAUAAAAUAGACAUUAAUCUAUGAUAAAUACUUAUGAUAACUAAAUGAAAAAUGAAAAAUAUAAAAUAGAAAAAUCUGGUUUAAAAUAUAAAAGUUGUGUGGGUUCAGAUUUUAAUAAGUUUGCAAAUACUCCAAUAACUAAAAUUGUAGUAAUAGAUAAAAAGAAUUUGAUAUAUUUAAGUGAAUAAAAAUUGGUUUAAACUAAUUUAGAUUAAACCUACAAAAAAGAAAUAACAAUAUAAGAGUUAAUUUUGGAUUUUCAAAGAAUAAAUAAUAGUUAAAUCAUUGUUCACACUAAUUAAAGUUUACUUUUAUUAAAUAAAGAGUUAGAUUUACUAUUUAAAUAUGUCAAAGUGAUUGAAAAGAAUCACUUAACUUUUUAUAACAGCUUUAAAAUAAAUUGUUAUUCUACAAACGCCGUUAUUUAUCUUAAAGAUAGCAAUAAAUUAAUUGGAUGUUAAAUAAACUAAUUGUCUAUCAUUGAAUAAUGGGAAAUUAAAUGGAAUGAAUAUGAAGAAAAACUUAUAUCUAUGAAAGUGAUUUAAGAUAAUUUACACAUUGGCUUAAAUAGUGGAAAAAUAGUUGUUUACGAUAUAAAGACAUUGAAAUAAGUGAAAUUAUAUAAAAUUGAAACAAAUAAUUACUCAACAGAAAUUAAAGAAAUUCUUUUUGAUGAAAAAUUUUGCUUAGGAAUUUAUGAGAAUAGGAUUUAUAGAUUUAAUUAUGGCAGUAAUCAAACCUCUUUAUUAUGUUCUACAAAAGAACGAAUUAUAACUUGCGCAUACUGUAUUGAUGAUGAAAAGAACAAAACAGAAAUUCAUAUUUUGAAAGAUAAUCAGGUAAUAAAUUUAAAUCAAUUUAGAAAAUUAAUGUAUUCUUUAAGAAACAUGAUCAAAUUUUUGAGUAAGGUAAAUAAUAACAAGGAGUUUUAUGUCUAACCUGCUACUUAGAUUAUAAAUAACCAAAUUUUUAUUAUGGUAAAGGUGAUGGAAGAAUAUAUUGCUACUAUCUUUGGAACAAAUGA